AUGAGACCAGAAAUUGAACAGGAACUUUCUCAUACCCUCUUAACUGAGUUGUUGGCAUACCAGUUUGCCUCACCAGUUAGAUGGAUUGAGACCCAAGAUGUGUUUUUACAACAACACAACACUGAAAGAGUAGUGGAGAUUGGUCCAUCGCCAACGUUGUCCGGUAUGGCCUCCAGAACCAUCAAGGCCAAAUAUGAAUCGUAUGAUGCUGCUUUGUCGUUGCAACGUCAAGUGUUAUGUUAUGCCAAGGAUCCUAAGGAAAUUUACUACACUCCAGAUCCAGCAGAGGCCGCUCCCGCCGCUGAAGAGCCCGCGGCUACCGAGGCUGCUCCAGCUGCUACUCCAGCUGCUGCCCCAGCUGCUGCACCUGCCGCAGCAGCACCUGCUCCAUCUGGACCCGCUGCGUCUAUUCCUGAUGAACCAGUCAAGGCCGGUUUGUUGUUGCACGUUUUGGUUGCCCAGAAAUUGAAGAAGCCAUUGGAUGCUAUUCCUAUGUCGAAGCCAAUCAAGGAUUUGGUCAAUGGUAAGUCCACCGUGCAGAAUGAAAUUUUGGGAGAUUUGGGUAAAGAAUUCGGAUCUACUCCUGAAAAGCCAGAAGACACUCCUUUGGAAGAGUUGGCAGACCAAUUCCAAGACACUUUCUCUGGUCAAUUGGGUAAGACUUCUACUUCUUUGAUCGGUAGACUUAUCUCUUCCAAGAUGCCUGGUGGAUUUUCUAUCACCAUUGCUAGAAAGUAUUUGGAUACCAGAUUCGGUUUUGGUCCAGGUAGACAAGACGCUGUCUUGUUACACGCCUUGACCCAAGAGCCAGCCAGUAGAUUGGGAUCUGAGGCUGACGCCAAGCAGUUUUUGGACACCGUUGCUACCAAGUAUGCUUCUAUCGCCGGUAUUUCGUUGUCGUCUGCCGAAUCUAGUAGCGGUGGAGGUGCUGGAGGUGCUGUGGUCGAUAGUGCUGCUUUGGAAGCAUUGACUGCCGAAAACAGAACUUUGGCCAAGCACCAAUUGGAAGUGUUAGCCCGUUACUUGAAAGUCGACUUGCAGAAAGGAGAAAAGUCUUUUAUCAAAGAGAAGGCAGCUGCCAAUGUUUUACAACAAGAAUUGGACUUGUGGGAGGCAGAGCACGGCGAGUAUUAUGCCACUGGUAUUAAGCCCACUUUCUCGCCUUUGAAGUCCAGAACUUAUGAUUCGUACUGGAAUUGGGCCCGUCAAGAUGUGUUGUCGAUGUACUUUGACAUCAUCUUUGGCAAAUUGACAGAAGUUGACAGGGAAACCAUUAACCAAUGUAUCCAAAUCAUGAACAGAUCUAAUCCUACUUUGGUCAAGUUCAUGCAAUACCACAUUGAUCAUGUUCCAGAGUACAAGGGAGAGACUUACCAAUUGGCAAAGAAGUUGGGUCAACAAUUAAUCGACAACUGUCAGCAAGUGCUUCAAGUCGACCCAGCUUUCAAGGAUGUUGGCAGAAUCACUGGUCCAAAGACCACCGUUGACGCCAAGGGUAAUAUCACUUACUCUGAAGUUGAGAAAGAGUCGGUUCGUAAGUUUGAACAAUACGUUUACGAGAUGGCCCAAGGUGGUAAGAUGACCAAGAUUUCUCAGCCAACAAUCCAAGAAGAUUUGGCUAGAGUCUACAAGGCAAUCACCGUUCAACAAUCUUUGUCUAAGGGCACCAAGCUCGAAGUGCAAAAAUUGUAUGAGCAAUUGAUUGAUUUUGUUGAGAAAUCAGACGAGAUUGAGGUGUCUCGUUCAACCAAGGCUUUCUUGCCUACGGGAGCAAACACUCCUACUGAGGAAGACGAGUUGUCCACCACUUCUGCUUCAGACGAUGACGAGAUUGCUUCCUUGCCAGACAAGACAUCGAUUUUGCAACCAGUUUCAUCGACCAUUCCACCACAGACUAUCCCAUUCUUGAACUUGCAACGUAAAAACUCCAGUGGUAAUUGGGAAUACGAUGCAAGAAACUCAGCUCUUUACUUGGAUGGACUCGAGAGCGGUGCCGUCAACGGUUUGACUUUCAAGGACAAAUACGUCUUGCUUACAGGUGCCGGUGCUGGUUCAAUUGGUGCAGAGAUUUUGCAAGGUUUGAUCAGUGGAGGUGCCAAGGUCAUUGUUACUACCUCUCGUUUCUCUAAGAAGGUGACUGAGUACUACCAAGCCAUGUACUCUAGAUACGGUUCCACCGGUUCGACUUUGAUUGUUGUUCCAUUCAAUCAAGGUUCCAAACAAGAUGUGGAAGCAUUGGUGAACUACAUCUACGAUGACCCCAAGAAGGGUGGUUUAGGAUGGGACUUGGACACCAUCAUUCCUUUUGCUGCUAUCCCAGAAAAUGGCAAUGGAUUGGAUAACAUUGACUCCAAGUCUGAGCUUGCUCACAGAAUCAUGUUGACCAACUUGUUGAGAAUGCUUGGUGCUGUCAAGUCCAAGAAGACCACUGACACCAGACCUGCUCAAUGUAUCUUACCACUUUCUCCUAACCAUGGUACUUUUGGAUUCGAUGGUUUGUACUCGGAGUCCAAGAUUUCCUUGGAGACUUUGUUCAACAGAUGGCAUUCGGAGGACUGGGGUAUGAAAUUGACCGUCUGCGGUGCCAUUAUCGGAUGGACCAGAGGAACAGGUUUGAUGAGUGCCAACAACAUGAUUGCCGAAGGUAUCGAGAAAUUGGGUGUUAGAACAUUCAGUCAAAAAGAGAUGGCUUUCAACAUCUUGGGUUUGAUGACUCCUCAAAUGGUCAAGUUGUGCCAAGAGAGUCCCGUUAUGGCAGACUUGAACGGUGGCUUGCAAUUCCUUGACAACUUGAAGGAAUUGACCACCAAGUUGAGAACUGAUGUUAUGGAGUCGGCUGAUGUACGCAGAGCUGUCUCUAUCGAAUCUUCGAUUGAGCAAAAGGUUGUCAAUGGUGACGAUGUCGAUGCCAAUUAUACCGCAGUUGAGGUGCAACCAAGAGCCAACAUGAAGUUUGAGUUCCCUGGAUUGAAAUCUUACGAAGAAAUCAAGGAAGUUUCGCCAAAUCUUGAGGGAAUGUUAGACUUGGAAAGUACCAUUGUUGUCACUGGUUUUGCUGAAGUGGGACCAUGGGGUAAUGCCAGAACAAGAUGGGAAAUGGAAGCUAAUGGUGAAUUCUCUUUGGAAGGUGCCAUUGAAAUGGCUUGGAUCAUGGGCUUGAUCAAGUACCACAAUGGUAACUUGAAGGGUAAACCUUACUCUGGAUGGGUUGACGCCAAGACUCAACAACCUGUUGAAGACAAGGAUAUUAAGGCCAAGUACGAGGAGCAAAUUUUGGAGCACUCUGGUAUCCGUCUUGUCGAACCAGAAUUGUUUGGUGGAUACGAUCCAAAGAAGAAGAAGUUCAUUCAAGAAGUGGUGAUUCAGCACGAUUUGGAAGAAUUUGAAGCUUCCAAAGAAACUGCUGAACAAUACAAGCUCCAGCAUGGUGAUAAGUGUGAGAUCUUUGAAAUUGAUGGCUCUGGUGAGUACACCGUCAAGAUCUUGAAGGGUGCUACUUUGUACAUUCCUAAGGCUUUGAGAUUUGACAGACUUGUUGCUGGUCAAAUUCCUACUGGAUGGGAUGCUCGCCACUACGGUAUCCCCGAAGAUACCAUCAACCAAGUUGAUCCAAUUACUUUGUACGUAUUGGUCUCUACAGUUGAAGCUUUGUUAUCGGCUGGUAUCACCGACCCUUACGAGUUCUACAAGUAUGUCCAUGUUUCAGAAGUUGGUAACUGUUCUGGUUCUGGUAUGGGUGGUCAAUCUGCCAUGAGAGGAAUGUUCAAAGACAGAUAUGCCGAUAAAGAAAUUCAAAACGAUAUCUUGCAGGAAUCUUUCAUCAACACCAUGGCUGCUUGGGUUAAUAUGUUGUUGUUGUCUUCUUCAGGUCCUAUCAAGACUCCCGUCGGUGCAUGUGCCACUGCUGUGGAGUCUGUUGAUGUAGGAAUGGAGACCAUCUUGAGCGGUAAAGCUAAGGUUUGUAUUGUUGGUGGAUACGAUGACUUCCAAGAGGAAGGUUCUUAUGAGUUCGCCAACAUGAAUGCCACAUCUAACGCUGUGACUGAGUUUGAACACGGAAGAACUCCAAAGGAAAUGUCAAGACCUACGACUACCACAAGAUCAGGUUUCAUGGAAUCGCAAGGUUCUGGUAUCCAGAUUAUUAUGACAGCUGAUUUGGCUCUCAAGAUGGGUGUUCCAAUCCAUGCCGUUAUUGCCAUGACUGCAACUGCUACUGAUAAAAUUGGACGUUCUGUUCCUGCUCCAGGUAAGGGUAUUUUGACCACUGCUCGUGAGCACCAUGGUAACUUGAAAUACCCAUCUGCUAUGUUGAACAUCAAGUACAGAUCCAGACAGUUGAAGAAGAGAUUGCAAGAGAUCAAGAAGUGGGAAGAAGGAGAAAUCGACUUUUUGUCUGAGGAGGCUGAAUUGGCCAAGGAGGAAUACGGUGAUCAAUUCUCUCUUGAAGAGUUCAUGAGAGAACGUACUGAGGAAAUCCACCGUGAAGCCAAGCGUCAAACUUCCAACGCUAAGCAACAAUGGGGUAACAACUUCUACAAGUCGGACCCUAGAAUUGCUCCAUUGAGAGGUGCCUUGGCAGCAUUUGACUUGACUAUUGACGAUAUUGGUGUUUGCUCUUUCCAUGGUACUUCUACCGUGGCCAAUGACAAGAACGAGUCUGCCACCAUCAAUGAAAUGAUGAGACACUUGGGAAGAAGCGAGGGUAACCCAGUGUUUGGUGUCUUCCAGAAGUACUUGACUGGUCACCCUAAGGGAGCAGCAGGAGCUUGGAUGUUGAAUGGUGCCAUUCAAAUUUUGAACUCUGGUCUUGUGCCAGGUAACCGUAACGCUGAUAACGUUGAUAAGGUCCUUGAGCAAUUCGAGUAUGUGUUGUAUCCAUCUAGAUCCAUUCAGACUGAUGGAAUCAAGGCCGUUUCGGUUACCUCCUUCGGUUUCGGUCAAAAGGGUGCUCAAGCUGUUGUUGUCAACUCAGACUACUUGUAUGCCUCGUUGGACAAACGUACUUACGAAGCUUAUGCAACUAAGGUGACUGCUCGUAACAAGAGAACCUACAGAUACAUGCACAAUGCCAUCACCAGAAACACCAUGUUUGUUGCAAAGGACAAGCCUCCAUACAGUGACGAAUUGGAACAGCCAGUCUACUUGGACCCAUUGGCUCGUCUCGAUAGCUCAAAGAAGGAGUUGGUUUUCACCCAGAAAUCGGUUCAAAGUGACAAGACAUAUGUGAGUGCUGUUGCAAACUCAACCGCCAACGCUUUGUCGAGCUUGAACAAGUCUUCAAAGGGCGUCGGUGUGGAUGUGGAGUUGAUUUCAGCUCUCAACUUGGAAAACUCUACUUUUGUUGAGAGAAACUUCACUGCUGGUGAAGUUGAAUAUUGCUCCAAAGCCGCCUGCCCACAAGCUUCGUACACUGGAACUUGGUCUGCCAAAGAGGCUACUUUUAAGGCCCUUGGUGUCUCAUCGCAAGGUGGAGGUGCUGCCUUGAAGGAUAUCGAGAUCACUCGUGAUGCUAAAGGUGCUCCUCAGGUGGUUCUUCAUGGAUCAGCGCUUGAAGCUGCCAAGAAGGCUGGCGUGAAGGGUGUUAGUGUUUCCAUCUCUCACGAUGAUUUCCAAGCUACUGCAGUGGCACUUAGCGAGUUCUAG